AUGAAGUGCUUUGAAAGGCUGGUCAUGGCUGACAUCAACACCAUCAUCCUGGGGUACGUGCUUAGUCCCCGCCUAUACUCCAUGUUCACCCACGACUGCAUGGCCAAACAUGACUCCAACAACAUCAUUAAGUUUGUUGAUGACACAACAGUAGUAGGCGAGGAGGUCAAAGACCUGUCAGUGUGGUGCCAGGCCAACAACCUCUCCCUCAUUUCACAGAGGUCUUGGAUUGACGACACCUUCUGCAAGAGAGAGUGUAUUAAAUUCAUCCCAGCACGUGGAGACAUACACAGGUGCACUGGAAUUGGGACUGUGUGUCAAGUAUGCCAAAACCUAAUAAGAUAUGACUUUACUGUAUGCUGCUGCGGACGUCUGGUAGGGGAACACACCUGGCUGGAGACUGGCCCCUUCAUGUCCCACUGGCCUGGGCCCCAGGCAGUGCAAGAAGAGAGGUGGUCAGUGGAGUGUCACACACAAGCCAGUGCCACCGAUGCCUACGGAACCAUUGACUUCCAGGACAGCGCUGACCGUAACUGCCAUGCCAAGUACGUUCGUGUUGCUGUCGACACAAAGGCCGAGGCUCUGCUGCAGCUGAUGCUGAGGGAGUGGCAGAUGGAACGGCCUAAACUACUGCUGACGGUCCACGGGGGAGCAGAGAACUUCCCUCUCCCCCUCAAGGUUAGACAGGCCUUCAGCAAAGGCCUGAUAACUGCAGCCCAGAGCACUGGAGCCUGGAUAUUCACAGACGGCAUCAACACAGGUGUGUCCCUAUAUGUAGGGGAGGCUGUGAAAGCAUACGGCACCAAUGGCCGCAGGAAGAGGAACGCUGUAGGGGUCACGCCCUGGGGCGUAAUUGACAACCACGGUGACCUUAUAGGGAGAGAUGUGCUCAGGCCUUACCAGCCCCUGAGAAGCCCCUUGAACAAAACUGUGUGUUUGAACAGCCUGCACUCCCACUUCCUGUUAGUGGACGAUGGAACUCUGGGGAAACAUGGCUGCCAGCUGGGACUCAGGAGGAAGCUGGAGAGACACAUUCAACUGCAGAAGAUCCAUCCUAGGGUUAACCAGGGUGUGCCAGUGGUAUGUGUGGUAGUGGAGGGCGGCCCUGACAUUGUGUCCAUGGUGUUGGACUAUGUGAGCAGUGUGCCCCCCGUGCCUGUGUUCGUCUUCGAGGGAUCAGGCCGGGCGGCUGACUUGCUGGCAUUCUUACACAAACAGACCGCUAUGGAUAGGCAGCUGGACACAGACAUCAAGGAGGACUUCCUUCUGAGGAUAGGGGGCAUGUUUGGUCUGGAGAGAGCAGACGUCAACCAGCUCUACAACCUUCUGAUGGAGUGUAUGGACUACAGACAGUCUAUCACAAUCUUCGACUCGGAAUCCGAAGAUCAACAGGAGGCAGACUGCGCCAUUUUGAUGGCCACACUGAAAGGUACCAAGUCAUCUCCAGCGGAGCAGCUCGGUACGGCUCUGGCUUGGGACAGAGCAGACGUGGCUAACAAACACAUCCAAGUGUACGGCCAGUACUGGCAGGUUGGCUCGUUGGAGCAGGCCAUGCUGGAUGCUCUCAUAAUGGACCGGGUUGGCUUUGUCAAACUGUUGAUCGACAACGGUAUGACCAUGAACCGCUUCCUGACCGUUUCACGUCUGGAAGAGCUCUAUAACACGCAACAGGGACCAGCAGACAAUUUCCUCCAUCACCUUGUGGAAGAUGUGAAACAGAACCAUAUACCCAAAGGAUACAGAGUCUCCCUCAUAGACGUGGGGCAGGUGAUUGAGUAUCUGAUAGGAGGAGCCUAUCGGAGCACAUACACACGGAAACACUUCCGGGCCUACUAUAACCACUUACAUACCCACUGACACUGGACUGGACAGGAUAGUUCAGGACCCCGGACCAAACAGGGAAGCCUGACCCUUCACCCACCCCAAAGCCCUAACAACAGUCCGUCAUGCAAACCUGUCUUCCACACUGCUCAGCCCUACAAACGCAAGGAGAGGUCCAUGGUCCCCAGGGACCCGAAGGAAGCCCAGCAGCAGAGCUCCAAGCUGGACGACUCUUCUCUGGUAGUGUUCAACUUCAACGACCUGUUUGUGUGGGCCGUGCUGCAGAGGCGCCAGCAAAUGGCGCUGUUCCUGUGGCAGCAUGGGGAGGAGGCGAUGGUCCGGGCUACUGUGGCUUGUAAGCUGUACCGCGCCAUGGCCCACGAGGCUAAGCAAAGUAACAUGGAUGACACCACAGCGGAACAACUCAAAACCUACUCGCUGGACUUUGGUCAACUGGCUGUAGACGUGCUGGACAAUGCCUUCAGGCAGAACGAGCGCAUGGCCAUGAAGUUGCUGACCUCAGAGAUGGAGGCCUGGAGCCACUUCACCUGUCUGCAGAUGGCCGUGUCCUCCCGGCUCCGCCCCUUCGUCUCCCACUCCUGCACCCAGAUGCUGCUCACCGACCUGUGGACCGGCCGCCUCAACAUGAGGAAGAACUCCUGGUUCAAAAUCAUCCUGAGCAUCCUCAUGCCCCCUGCCAUCCUGCUACUAGACUUUAAGAGCCAGGCGGAUAUGUCCCAUGUGCCCCAGUCCCAGGAGGCUUUGCAGUUUAUUUGGGACACGGGGAGACCAGAGGCAGCCCAGGAGGAGGGGCAUACAGAUGUGGAGAAGGGGUCAGCAUGCUGGGAGAGGAUCUCAGACCCCGAAGCUGACACAGUCAUACCCGUUACCACCCCGUGUCUCUUCUGGACCAGGAGGCUGUACGAGUUCUACAACACUCCGGUCGUCAAGUUCAUGUUCCACACGAUAUCCUAUCUGGCCUUUCUCAUGCUGUUCUCCUACACUGUUCUGGUGAAGAUGGAGGACCGGCCCAGCACUCAGGAGUGGCUGGUCAUUGUCUAUAUUGUAUCCACAGCGGUGGAGAAAAUAAGAGAGGUGUUCAUGUCAGAGCCGAGGAAGCCCAGUCAGAAGCUGAAGGUGUGGUUCGGAGAGUACUGGAACGUGUCUGACUUCCUGGCCAUCCUCCUCUUCCUGGUGGGGCUGGCACUGCGCUGGCACAGCGGGUCCUACCGGACGGCAGGGCGGAUCACCUACUGCCUGGACAUCAUCUUCUGGUAUGUCCGGAUGCUGGACCUGCUAGCGGUCAACCAGCAUGCUGGACACUACCUCACCAUGAUCACCAAGAUGACCAGUAACAUGUUUUACAUUGUGGUCAUGAUGGCCAUCGUGCUGCUGAGUUUCGGGGUGUCCAGGAAGGCCAUCUUGUCUCCAGACGAAGCUCCGUCAUGGAGCCUGCUCAGAGAUGUGGUCAACCAGCCGUACUGGAUGAUGUUUGGAGAAGGGUACCCCGAUGAAAUAGACGCCUGUGCAGAAGACAAGCCGUGUGCCCCCGGGGCUUUCCUCCACCCUUUCCUCCAGGCCGUCUACCUCUUCUUCCAGUACCUCAUCAUGGUCAACGUCCUCCUUGCCCUUCUCAACAAUGUCUACUUUAAAAUGAAGUCCACGUCCAAAAAGCUGUGGAUGUACAACCGUUACCGUUACAUUAUGACCUAUCAGGAGAAGCCGUGGCUGCCCCCGCCCCUCAUCAGCCUGAGUCACGUGACCCUGUGUGUGACCGCCAUUUACCGGAAACACAGGGGCUUGUCUGAGAAGGAGAGGGACUCCUGUCGGCUUAAGCUUUACCUCGGCCGAGAGGAGCUGAAGAGGCUUCAUGAGUUUGAGGAUAGGUGUGUGAUAGCGUAUUUCCACAAGAAAAAACAAGAUGUUCUCUGCAGCCAGAUCCACAGGAUCCGAGCCACUGCAGAAAGGGCUGAGGAGAUGGGUGUAGUUAUUGGUGAGGUGUCUGAAAGGGUCCAUUUCAUCCAGGACAGCCUGCAGGUGCUGGACAGCCAGCUGGGCCAGCUGCAGGUCCUGUCCGCCCUGGCCGUGGACACCCUCACCCUACUGUCGGCCUCUGACAGCCUGCAGCAGAAGGAAGCCCACCUGGGACACUGCCGGCCAAUUGACCACUCCCAUCACCACUCACCCAACAGCUGUACCCUCCCCCACAUUGACAUCACGCCCUGCCACACACCCAAGGCCUACCGCAGCACCCCACCCUCCCUGCUGUGGGGCCACACCUCCCUCAGCCACCGUCCGCCACUGGAGUGGCACCCGGGAACAUGGGAGGACGGUGGCCGUGAGGGGUGGGGGGCUGGCGAGACAAAAGCGGAAGAGGAGGUACAGAGUAUCAUGGUGCAUCACGGUGGCGAGUUAUGGCCGGUUGGUUAUGGCUUUGGCCCCCAUGACUCUCUCCCUCACCUGGGCGGUGCAGGGCUCAGAGACAAGACUCCCUGUGAGUCGUGCGGGCCUUCCCACCGUGGCUCUCCCCUGCACCCCUGGACCUGGGCUGUAGAGGGUUCUCUGGAACCCUCCCACUGCAAACCCUGGGCCUACUACGACCCUGAGAUGUCCAUGGAGGAGGACAAAGAGGGGGAGGUUGGGCAGCCCUUUAAUGUGGAUGUGUCGAGGGCCUCUAGCCAUGACUUUCUGUUGUUGGACCCCCAGGACGAGAGAGGCUGUGGGGCCAUGGGUUUGGCGAAUCCUUCCUUCUGUAAGGAUGACGACCCUGGGGCAGCUAGCUCCAGACUGGGACAGUGGGGCAGGAAGUGUCCUCGUCGGUGGACAUGUCUGUCCAGGGACCAGCCACGUAGACACAGGCGCUCUCCUUCCUCUAGCAUGGAGAACAUGGCUCUAUCUAAUCCCUCCCUGAGGCCAUUACAAGCCUCUUUCCCCGCCCUCGACUGCCUAUCAGGGGAGCGGAGCUUCACAGCUGACAUACCCCUUGGCUGCAGUAAAAGCAGAGAGUGGUCCAAGUCGUCUGAGCUGGCGAUGACCUCAGGGAGCAGAGAGAGGUGUCAGGCCAGGAAAACAGUCAAGAUUUUGGAGGGGAGUUCUUCAGAUGCUGACUCUAGUCAGUCCGUGUGGACCAGCUGUGCCCGCUCUGCCAGCCGAAGGUCCUUGGUGGGAUCCCACCUGAAGAUGAGAUCCUCUACAUUCCAAUCGAUGGAAGACCUGGACCCACACUACUCAGCCAUGGAAAAGAACAACCUGAUGAGGCUUGCUCACACCAUACCUUUCACACCUGGCUCCAUAAUGGCGGGAGAGGAGGUGAGUGUCUACUCCCUGGAGGAGGUAGAAGCUGCAGGUGUGGAGUCCUCCGUAAUCUCCUGGUCGCCCCGGGGGCUGUCUGCAGUGCUGCAGCCGCUGUCCAGCGAGGGCUGUCUUGAUGGGGCCCUGCGCAGGGCCAUGCGCGUGUUGUGUACCUGGGCCGAGGGGGACAUCCUGAGUGUGGGCUGUGUGUACGUGGUCAAAGCCUUCCAGCCCAAGGUGAUCCGAACCUGGCAGAGGGUCUUCCACAGCGACACCCCCCUCCAACUCUGUCUGCGGGAGAUACAGCAACAGAGAGCUGCUCAGAAACUCAUGCACGUGUUCAACCAAGUCAAAACAGAAAACGUGCCCCUUUCUCCCAGGUUCCUGGAUGUGUCUCUUCUUCACUGUCACUCCGACGGACAGUGGUUGACCAUAGAGAGGAACAUGUUGGGUGACUUCAGGAAGUACAACAAUAACACCGGAGAGGAGAUCACCCCCUGCUGUGGAAUGGAGGAAACGCUCCUGGCCUUCUCCCACUGGACCUACCAAUACUCCUGUAGAGAACUACUGGUGCUGGACAUACAGGGAGUGGGGUCGGAGCUUACAGACCCAUCGGUCAUCCGAGCGGACGACAAAAGCUUGACUGGUGACAUGGUGUUUGGUCCUGCUAACCUGGGAGACACUGCCAUCCAGAGCUUUGUCCUCAAACACACCUGCAACUCCUGCUGCAAGAACCUCGGACUCUCGGAUUUGAAGAGGAGCACAGACAGCUGCGGGAAAACAGAACACAGAUCUUCUGAAGAGGAAAAUGGAGUGAUCGUGACCAGAGUGUAACCUCUGACUUGAAAGCAGAAGUCCGCCAUCCUAACCUCUGGUUCAGGUGGGAUGAAGUUGCCAUUAAAGCAUAAAGACACUGAUCAGUUUAGUUUCUUUCUCCCAAAAUGGUUAUGGAUAGGAAUAGGGAAGGCUUACUUGAUCCAGAGGUGUGCUUAAGGGAAACUUCUACCAUGAAUAAAAGCACUCACUUGGGGCUUUGAAUGGAUAGUGUACAUUGUAUAACGUCAUGUGGACUACCUCUUGUGUUAGAUGGCUGGUAGGGCUUUAAAAAUGAUUAACAUUGCACUAGUCUCAACAGCAAGCCAGAUGCCGUAGUCUUGCAUUCGUUCCAGCUAUGGCGUGCAUAGUGGAGGGAGGCCAAGGCGAAUACAUUUUAUGUACAUACACUCCCCGCCAUAUUUAUUUGGACAGUGAAGUGAAAUUUGGCUCUAUACUCCAG